GCCAUAUAAAAGAGAAGACGCGGCCAAGUCUUCGCCACUUUCACGCAAGAAUUCUUGGCGAACCUUCAGAGCUCUUGCAGCCUGCCCCCUUGCGCACCUACACUCUCUCGGUCAGAGCAUAGUCACUCGGUCAAAGCGAUCUCACUCGGUCAGAGCAUACUCCUUCGGUCAGUACAUACUCAUUCGGUUAGUACUCUCACUCGGCCAUUUGAUUGCACCGACACACACGGCGUGCACGUUAACUCCUUACUUCGGUCAUCAUAUGGGCUUGUCAUUCAUUCGCCAUAUUAUUGUCCUUAGGCUACUGUUCACCAACGGAGUUGCUGUCUCCCACUCCCUUAAUUGAUUCCAGGAUUCACCCAAAAGACUCAUUAGAUUAAUUAAUGCCAAGGCCUACCCUUGGUUAAUUAAUUAAUUAAUUCCACUCACCCCAAUACAAAAGCCCACUCACUUGGUUAUAUUGCUGUCUGCUACCUUCUCUGUUAACUUUUCUGCCGCAUCACAUGAUCCAUUCUAAUCCUUCCACUCAUACUGUUUCGGUUGUUGGGCAUCCUCUCGUGACCUUUAGCCAGGCCUCCCUCAAUCAACCAAUUUCAGCUUUGCAGAGAUUCCUUCACCCGUGACUUUUUGGGCUUGGCUUUAGUCAAUUUAACCGAGAGGGGCAGGGCGCCUCUCCCGCACCAUAACCGAGUAAUUUCGCUUGGUUUGGCUUUACCCGUUUUAACGAGAGACCUUAGUCAGUUCUUCCGCGGCACGUACACUUCUUCUCUUAUUUUUCGGCUACACCCUUACUCUCCCGCAAGCUCCUGUCAAGGUAAUCAUGUCUAGGAGAAGGAACUCGGAGCCCCCGUAUACUACUCCUACUCGAAUUCCUGAAGGGACGACCUCCCAGCUAAGAAUAAGAGAUUUUCAAAGUGUCUGGGCAGCGAUUCCCUCGAACUACGGUGUGAGAUACCCCAGGCGAGAUGAACCCCAUCCCUGUAAGGUGGGCGAGGGCAGUCUUGGGAUUCAUUUUGCUUCAUUCAAGGCGGGACUCCGCUUCCCACUGCCUGCCCUUAUCAUGGAGUGGCUACAUUUUCAUCGUAUCGUGCCGGCCCAAAUUCAUCCUAAUGGUUGGGCUCAAUUGGUGGGCUUCACUAUUCUUUGCCACCAGAGAGAAGUGGUCCCAUCGCUCCACUUUUUGAGCUGUUUCUAUAGGCUAAGGAGAUCUAGCAAGCGGCGUCCUUUCUUCACGCUGCAAAGGAUGACAGGGCUUGACCUAUUUCAUGAGCUUCCCAAUAAGAUCAAUCGAUUCGAGUCCCGGUGGUUCGUGGUCGAUUUGCCGCCAAGUUGGGAUGGCCCGCGCUUUUGGCGCUGGGAUGAUGAUUACGAUGAGGCAAUCCCUCCUCCCAGGCAUGUCCGAGCAGUAUAUCAGAAUGCAAUUAAUAAGUUGGUGUCUCAGGGGCCUUGUGAUCUGGCGGGCUUACUUUCCCUCAAGAACAUAAGGGAUGCAGGAUGGGGUGUCACUCAGCUUGCACGCCAGCCCUCUUCUCCCUCUACUCUAAUUGAAUGGCAAAAUAACGAAGGCAAUGGGGAAGAGGAUACGGAGGAUCUUUUAGGGACAUCAUCACACACGUCCACCGUCCCACAGGGGCAGCCUUCUCCUAAGGAAAUGGAUCUUGUUAGGGAGGCGAAUCGACAAAGGCGCGAGGAGGAUGCCCGCAGUUCCGGGAAGAGUGCUAAUCCUGUUUGCCCACCUAGGGGAGACGCCAAUUCGAAGGGUGCUCACCAACUCGUUGCGCCUCAAGCUCAAAAAAAGACAGGCACAUCGUCUAAAAGGACGGGCACGUCAUCUCAUAAGCGCCAACGCCUUAGGGAGGCGGAAGCGGGUGCUUCAGUGGAUGCUCUUGACGCCGAACGAUCUGCCCCUUCAGCUGAGGCUCUCUUGCCAGGUCCUCCACCUUUCGAAAGCAUAGCCCAGGACCCCCUUCGCUCUCCCAGUUCCCAGGGGGGAGAAGCCGCUCCGUCUCAAUUUGCUGGAGAUCUCCAUCGCAGCCAUAACGAGUGCCGCCAACCUGUUGUUCCCCAUCGCAUGGACCGGAGGAGAUUAAGGGAGGAAAGGUCCUUGAUAAGCAAUCCUCCAAUUCUUCCGGCCAUUGGGCCUUCGCUGGCCUCGAUGCAGCUUCCUGAUGGCACGCAACUACGGGGCAGGGAUUUCCAAUUUUGCCCAGGGGUGGUUGAUACGGACACCGUGGCCGAUCCAGGGGUCGGCGCCCGUCUCAUGUAUGCCUCCAUAUUACCCCGAGAUGAGCGCCAAUACUUUGGCAACUUCCCCCAGACUAUGGACGAGCCCGAGCGAAAGUUGGUUGAAGCAGUUCAAGGGAUGGUGGUAUCUAACGCCAUAGGGAGGGCUUACUCCGAGCGCAUGGAGAACGAGGUGGCCAGGUGGAGGGACCUCCAGGCAAAGUGGGACGAGCGUCACCAAGUCCUCACAUCACAGAUCAGGCGACAAGAGCAGGAGAUCGAGGGGCUGCGCGCCCAAAUGUCGGUGGCUCGGGUCACUUCCUCAUGUCUGAGGGGGGAGAAUCAGGAUCUUCGCGAGGCCAACAAGACAUGGGAGCAGAAGUUUAGCGCCCUGCAGUUGACACAUGAAGGUCUUCUUCAGGAGCAUGCUCUGAGGGUAGCUGAGCUGGCUGAGAGCCGAAAGCAGGCACUGGCUCUUAGGACUUGGCGAGAGGAAGAAGAAUCUGCCACACGCGCCGAGGCGGUGAAAGAAUAUCGCCUGUCCAAGGACUGCCAGGCAAGGAAGAGCCGCUACGCCUCUAGCUUCACCAAGUACGGCUUUUACCUUGCCCGCUCUUACUUGGAGACGCAGCGUCCAGAGGAGUCGUUCCCAGAGCUGGUCCUUACACCAGAGGUGGAGGAAUUCGAAGCCCCUGAUUGGCGCAAGUAUGACCCUGACCCCACCAGCCCUAACACUUACAUUAGAUCUCGUCUUGUGGAUGACUUAAGCAACUUGACGGGCCCGUGGGAGCCCUACUCCUUUGGCCCAGAGGGCGAUGAGAUGAUCGACGCCCAUCAGGACUUAGGGGUCGCUGGUAAGGAUGGGGCCGAAGAGGUGCCUCCCGAGAAUGCUCCUCCCACUGUCGAGCAAGAAGAUGGCGAAAUCCCGAAUGCUCAUGGUGAUGUUGAUCUCGCCUCCUGAAGAUGCUCUUCCAGGGGGUCGUUUGCUUAGCUUUGGAGUGGAUGUUUUUUCUUUCUUUCUUGUUUUCCUCUAGCUCUAGCAUGUAAUUUCCUUCUCUUAGCCCAUCUCUAAUGGCUCUCUCUAUUCCACUCCCCCUUAUAUUAUAGAGUUAUGCUAUUUGUAUAGAAUGAUUUUUACA